GAAAAUAUUCAUUCGGUGUAAAAGCGGUUCCUGGAAGCAUCAGAGAAUCUUGACGCUUCCUUUUUUCAUUCAUGUAUGGAAGGAGACGCUCGGAAGGGAGACGGGAGAGGGGAGAGCCACUGCUGUCACUCGCGUAAAUCUGGCUUCAUUCACAAAAGUGCAACAGGUUCAAAGGAAUCCUUGUUCUGCGUGUAUGAAUAAGUGAAAAGUUAAUCUCUUCCGUGUUUAAAGUCAAUGAUUCUGCCAUAUGUAAUCAAAGGACGUGCAAUAAGUGGGUGGUGAGAACAGAUUACCGAGGCAUUUGUUAUAAUAAAGCGUGGGGCCGUGGGAAGAGGCGUGACAGGUGAGGUGGGAGGAGGUGGGCGUGGCCAGCCAGGCUCCUCCCACCAUCGCCGUCCCACAGGCUGCCUCGUCAGUGAUUCUCUCGCUGUCGCCAGAAGAGGACGUGGGCUUGCUUCCUCUGUGACCAGUGAAAACUUAUCCAAGUGACUCUAGCUUUUGAUCCUCACUCAAGAUGUUCUCAAAAUUAAAUACAUAAAAAGUAGAAAGGUCUGGUUUUGUGUCCUCCUCCUCCUCCCCGCCAAAAAUGUGGCGCAAAAACGAUGGCGGUGACAAAUAAGUCAUCCAGCCAAGGACACCCUCACCCUGAGUCUGCCGGCACGUACCCCUCGCUGCCUCGGUAACUUACGCGACGAAGCGAGUGACAAGAAGUGAAACACUGAAAAAGUCUCAGUACGAGAUAGCGCUCCUCUUUACAAGUUUAUCGCCUGCGCAAACGAGGCACCGCGUCAUCAUGUCACCGUCAGUCCCCUUCACGGAGAUGGUGCACGCCAGCUACAUGGGGCCGGCACUCGAAGACAACACGACAUUCUUUGGCCCCAUGGACCUCACCACCCCGGGCGUCAUCGAAAUACUCGGCAACGCCUCCCAGCCAGUGCUCGAGCGAAACAUGUCCGCCGUCGACAGGAGCAGCGGGUGGAUGACACUGACGCGGGUGGCGGAGGAGCUCAACUGCAAAGACUACUUAGACAACAUCACCACCUUUGAGAGGAACUGCAUGCCCCUCGAAAACCCAAUGGAGAUGAGGAAACCCCACAAGGCCAACCCGAGCUUCGUGCCUAUCGUGGUGACUCACGCCCUCACCUUCCUGCUCGGAGUGUCUGGGAACAGCGUCAUUGUCUUCUCCAUGGCCAAAGACAAAGGCACCAGGAACGUCACCAGCUGGUUCCUGGUGUCGCUUGCCGUAGCGGACCUGCUGUUACUGCUGCUGUGCGUGCCUCUGGAGACCGUACAGUACUUCUUAUGGGCGCCCCACCUGACCCGCCCCAUCUGCAAGCUGUCCUCUUACUUCGAACUCCUGUCUGCAGUCGCCUCUGUGCUGAACCUUACGGCCGUCAGUCUGGAAAGGUACCUCGUUAUCGUGUACCCCAUGAGGUCACGCUCCUUCUGCACCCUGAGCAACUGUCGCAGGGCCAUCGUGUUGGUGUGGUGCAUCUCCCUCGUGCUCUCUCUACCAGCUGGAUACGCUCAGGAUGUUUACUCCAUGACCUACUUCAACGCCACGCACAACGUCACGGUGUACCACUGCGCCACGGGGGGCGAGCACGACCUCGUUUUCGCAGUGUACCGUCUCAUCAUCGUGUUCCUGCUGCCGGCGCUCUUCAUGUCCUUCUUCUACGCGCGAGUCAUCAAGGCUCUCUGGGUGUCCACCAAGACCAUGUCCGCCAUGACACGUGUUUACAGCUCCCGUUUUGAUUCUCGCUCUCGCUACAGCAUCUCGUCCCCACCACUCCCUGGCCUCGUGCUCUGUUACUUCCGGCCUCGUGCGAUCGCAGUCCUCCCCAUCCGUGGCGUCUGGUCUGGCUGCCUUCCAUUCCUACUGCUCGGUUCGGCGCUGCGUACAUCGCCAGAGGUCCGGAGAGGAGGUGAAGCAAGCCAGAAAGCAGGUCAUCAAGAUGCUGAUUCUGGUGAUCAUCCUCUUCAUGGCGUGCUGGGGACCCAAGAUUGUGUUCUUCGUGUUCCAGAAAAACGGCUUCUCUCAGGAGUCCUUUAAGCCGUUGGUCUACAACAUGAGGAUCUGCCUUGGACUCCUGCCCUUCAUUCACUCGUGUCUCAAUCCAAUCAUAUACAGUUUCAUGUCGACCAACUUCGGGAGGAUGGUGCGACGUACAUGUGCUCGCGAGAACUGCUCCACUAUCCUCAACAACUUGUGUCUGGGAGCCGCCAAGUACAGACCCAGGACGGAAG